AUGUCUGAGUUUUUUUCUUAAGAUCUUGCCAUAAAGUAUACAGUAAGAUUUUGUCAUAUGUUUACAGUAUGUGCUUUGAGUGGAAAAUCUAUUUUUGAAUAUCUGUAUGGUGAUUUUACAAAUAAUUCUAAAGCAGAAGGAAUCUUUUGCGGUAUACUUGGACUGAUAUUAAUUUUAUCUGGCCUUAUUAACACUUUCUUGUAAAAACCAAAAGAAAAUCUAAAAGAACAUAAAGAUUUAUGGUUGAGAAUAUUAUAUGCUAAGUUUUUAAUAACUUGUUUAGUUUGUACUCCUAUACUUAGAUUAUUAGUUUCAAGAGAGACACAUAUCGCUCUUUAGUUUUAUAGUAUAUUGAUUAUGAUAAUAGUGUCACCACUGCUAAGAUUCUAUAGAGAAUAUUACACUAAUUUAAAUAAGUAAACAAGAUAUGAAAACAUGGAGAUUGUACAUUGA